GAUCCAGCGGCCCACCACAAACUAAAGAAUACACCUAAUGCACUUCUAAGCAAUUUAGAAUGCGAUUAUAUCCCAUCACAGACCAUGUUAUUCGUUAGCAUAAAAUUUUCAGUAAAACGUAAACGUGAAAUCAACUUUCUCCCUAAAACACGUCAGACUAAUUAGCUAAUAGCGACGAAGAAGAUGUCCAUCCGACUGGCUUGCCCUGUCGUAUUCCAUGUUCUGGGCUUCGAUCUCGUCUGAGCAGCAGCGCCUUCUUCGGAGCUCAUUCUGAUUAAAAUGUAACAGGUUUCAUACGUUCUCAGCCCAAGGAGAUUAACAUGGGAGUUUAAAUUGAGAAGGAUUUGGCAAGUCGAGUCAUUUGUAUGAAUAACCAAUAAUACAGUGGACUUGUAAAGUUCCUACAAGAAUAGUUGAAAUGAGGGGAGCCACAACCCAAGAUGACAUUGAUAGGAAACAGAUUGGUGCUGAUUUUGAACCUGGCCCUGUACCUCCCUACAGACCAGUGGAUAAGUAUGGAUUUGUGAAGUCAGAUCAAGUAAAUCCUACUGUUGAAGUCUCAACCAAGUUUAAGCCUACCAAUGAACAGGAAAGGGAACAAAGGAGGGUCCGAAAGUGGAGGAAAAUGAUUGGAGUCGGUGGAACUGAUUGGAAGCACUAUGUUAGAAGAAAACCAAAUGUUGUUAAAAGACGUAUCAGAAAGGGCAUCCCAGAUUGCCUCAGGGGUCUUGUUUGGCAACUUAUAUCUGGAAGUCGUGACCUUUUGCUUAUGCAUCAAGGUGUUUAUGAGCAAUUGGUGUUGUAUGAGACGUCAGCAUCAGAACUAGAUAUCAUCAGGGAUAUUUCACGCACUUUUCCAUCCCAUGUGUACUUUCAACAGAGACAUGGGCCUGGCCAAAGGUCUUUGUAUAAUGUUUUGAAGGCUUAUUCUGUGUAUGAUAGAGAAGUGGGCUAUGUCCAGGGAAUGGGAUUUCUAGCAGGUCUACUUCUUCUUUAUAUGAGCGAGGAGGAUGCAUUUUGGUUGAUGGUUGCCUUGCUGAAAGGUGCUGUUAAUGCACCAAUGGAAGGUUUAUAUUUGGUUGGACUGCCUCUUGUACAACAAUAUCUCUUUCAGUUUGAAAAACUGGUUAAGGAACAACUGCCAAGGCUAGGAGCACAUUUUGAUCAGGAAAUGAUAAAUCCAAGCAUGUAUGCAAGCCAGUGGUUUAUAACUGUGUUCUCCUAUUCAUUCCCUUUUCCAUUAGCUCUUCGGAUUUGGGAUGUUUUUCUUCAUGAGGGUGUGAAAGUUGUUUUCAAAGUAGGGUUGGCACUACUGAAGUAUUGUCAAGAUGAUUUGGUGAAAUUGCCUUUCGAGAAACUAGUACAUGCUUUGCGCAACUUCCCAGAGGAUGCUUUGAAUCCUGACACGCUAUUACCACUGGCAUAUUCAAUCAAGGUCUCAAAAAGGCUGGAAGAACUUGCACCUGAGUAUACACAAAUGAAUGAUCGGCAGUUGCAGACUUCUAACUCUGGCAAAAAAGAACAGCGGCCUAAACAAAAGCAAAGCUCUUUGAGAUGCUGAAGAUUUCGCCAUUGCAUUCUGCUGCUUUCAAGAGUUUAGAUGCUUUUUGUUUUUGCACGAGGUUGGAGUUGAAAUUGUUUUCAUGAUGUGUUGGAACAGAAACAUAAUAAUUUUUAGCAGUCCUUGCUUUUCUUGUUCUAUUCAGCUACCUAUCAACAAGUAUAGGUGCAUUCCUUUUAUUUUGUGGAGUGUUGGGCCAUGAUGGACACUUUAUGGCAAUGAAUUAAAGUGGUUAUCCAAAAUUUUACCACUGCAUUCUUGUAAUAAGUGGAUUAUUGUCGAAGGCAUGGAAGUCCUUUCAGGCACAGAAUCCAGUUGCCAUUCAAGAACUUCCCAUCAAUUAUUUCAAAAUUGUGUUUGGUACAUAAAUAAUAAAACUGUGCAAAUGAGCAAGUCUUUUGCUCGUCA